ACGUUUAAGAAUGGGAUAGAAAAAGAAGAGUGUAGAUGUAUGCGGUAGAUGGAGAAAUAGAGGGAGGGGUGAGCGGGGUCUUGGUACUUGGCAGUCUCUGAGUAUCUCAGGUUCUCUCCGGCCGAGGAAAGCGGUCGAUAUUUAAUUGUUAUUGCUAGCAUGGAACGUACGGAAGCGGUGCCUGUACGAAAAUUUCUCAUUUAUUUGGUAUUCUUGUUUUCUCUCUUUCACUCUCUCUCCCCCUCUCCCCCAUGUAGAGUGCUGGAGAUGUAGGGGGUGGGGGGUAUUUAGACAUUUAUGGUAGAAAGAAAGUGGGUAAAAGCGGAAAAAACACCCUCUUUUUCAACUAGCAAGUUUAGUUUUCUUCCUUAAACGUAUUGCAACAGCCUGCACCACGCAAGCAACACGUUCUUUGACUUGAGCUCUCACCCCUUAGACCAGUACUCCUUCACCCCCACCCGUCCAAAGUGAAAAAUCCGUCAUUUUCCAUCAAACGUCGAACCAAAUAUUAUCUACACUCUACUCCGAGAGAUCGAAACUUAUUUAAGGCGACGGGAUUCGCCAUGUGUUUUUAAAUUUCAUUCCUCCGUGUACUUUAUUUUCCCCGACUUUGGACAAAAUUAUAACCCGAUCGAUCUCCUAUCUGCCCACUGUCUACAUAUAUUUUCUGGGGCGGUCUCCGUUUUUGCUCUCUGUCGCCGGUCAAUUUUCUGACCCUUUAGCGCGAGACCAGGUGCAGACUAGCAAACGUCCCAAACCUCGAUUAGUUUAGCUUUAGGGAUUAUACCCCAGACUCUUUACCUCCUCCAUCCCCCCUUGACCUGUCUUCUUGGUCCUCCCUGACAUGUCCCGUCUCUCUUCCUCUGUUCACCGGUGCGCUCCACUUGCCUCAUCGUACUUCAGCGUGCGACUCGUCAUGUGCAGUUCAGUUUGAGCUCACUCCUUCCGACACAUCCUGCACACUUUUGCAGGCGGACUUGCGAGGGACUACUGAAACCUAUGGGGUGGGAUUCGUUUUGUUUCAUUACCAAAGGAAACUCUCCUUUUUUUAUUUUCCUUAUCAGUUUUGUUUACAUUUGUGUGUUGUCUCGUGCUCAGUCGUCGUGCUAUUAUCUGCAUUAUUGCAAUAUGUUGCUUCAUUGUGAACCUUAAUUCGGAGAGACAAAAACCAACUUAAUGCACAAGUUGAUUUUCAGUGCUUUCCAGUCGCUGGUGUGGGUUGAAGAUAUUGCUAUCCACGGGACCCCGGAAAUCCAAGUGUUAAGUCGAUGUGAAUGCGCAGCGGCAGCGCAUCAGUUAUACCGCACAGAACGGCGCAGUCUUUGCUCUCCGAAUUGGAUCAGAUAAAGCCCAGAGAAUCCCGUUCUACAGCCAGCCGCCACGGUGCUGGCUCCGGUCCUCGGUUUCCGUCUGAGGCGAGGCCACUUGGGAGUGCCGGUGUAGUGGAGGUAUGGACUGUAACUGUGUUAGUGACCUGCUGCUUACGCCACCUGUCCCAGCCCUCUGGACACCAGGCAUCGCCUUCCCAGAGUGGGCCUAUAAGCCAGAGUCAAGCCCAGGCUCCAGGCAGAUCCAGCUGUGGCACUUCAUCCUGGAGCUGCUACAGAAGGAGGAAUACCAGGGGGUGAUUGCCUGGCAGGGAGACUAUGGUGAAUUCGUGAUCAAAGACCCUGACGAGGUGGCAAGACUGUGGGGCAUUCGGAAGUGCAAACCUCACAUGAACUACGACAAGCUCAGUCGAGCACUUAGAUACUACUACAACAAACGCAUUUUGCACAAAACCAAAGGCAAACGCUUCACCUACAAGUUCAACUUCAGCAAGGUGGUUCUGGUGAAUUACCCGCUGCUGGACAUGGCGAGUUCCCCAUUCCUGCUGGCCCAAAACCACUUCAAUGGAGGAGCAGCGACACCGGACUGCAGCCCUGUCACACCUGAGGCCCUUCAGACAUUAUUCCCCCGUUUGCCUGAAUCGGGUAGAGGGCCAUCUCUGUUUGAACGCAACGCAGGAGCCCCAGGACCUGAUGGAGACAAGCUGAGACUGGACACUUUCCCUUUCCUUGGCUCAGGAGCCCCUUGUUACUCUAAACCUCCAUCCCUACUGGGCCCUUACCCUCGGAGCCCCUCUUUUGACUACCCCUGGGGCUUCAACCCUUACCUCCCUGGGGCCUUUUCUCUCAACAACUGUCCCAAACUGCCUCCAGGCUCCCUCUACUCCUCACACUUCUACCCCAACCAGCUUCAGUCCAGCCUGUCCCAGUUACCACACCCCUUCUCCUCACUCCUGCCCCCCGGGGACGCUGCCGGGACAGAACGGGGAGGAACAAAUGGCUCCGCUGGUGGUCAGCCUCCGAGACUGUGCAUCCCGCCAUAUCCCGGGAGCCUAUCAUUAGGCCGGACUGAACUGGGGAAUGGAGGAACGGGUGUAGGCGACCGGGAACGAGGGGAGAUUGGUGUACCCGCUGGAGCUCUUGGUUUGGGCUUGGGUCUAGGAUUGGGGUUAGGAGGGGUAACCGUAGGAAGCGGAGGAGGCCAUCAGAGCCCUUCAGAGCGAAGAAAGGGUGUGAAGCAGGAUCCGGAGUCAGACUCUGAGCUGGAGAUCACAGAUCUAAGCGACUGCAGCUCGGAGAACGAGAAUGAGCCGGACUUCUCUUUGGGGAAGGAGCCGGUGCUGGGUGCGCGCUCACAUCUUCUGGAGGCCAAAUCUGGGGGUCUCGGGGGAAUCUUGCCCCCUCUGUCAUCUCUUCCUCCAGCCGUGUCUCCACAUCCCCUCAAGAGCCUGGGACCCCUGACUCCGCCACCGUCUCUCUCUCCCUCCCUCAGUAUGGUGGAGCGGCACAGGGAAACAGACACUCUGAAAGUUGCUCACAGUUAAUAUGUUCUGUUGUGUGUGAUUUCUGUUAUCUUGCAGGUUCUCUCUUUCUCCUUUUUCUGUCUGUGGAUUCCUGCAUUUGUGGAAUAAUACUGUAUAUUUACAACUUUUUUUUUCCUGUCCAAUGUUUUAGUGUUCUCUCAAGCCACUCGUGCUGUUCGAGUAUUCUGCUUUGUUCAGUUUUUGGAAUCGCACAAUGCAGUCUUAGGGGCCAUUCACACUGAAUGUGUUUUAGAUUUGGAUGAUUGGCAGAAUAGGUCAAAAACGUAAGACUUUGAGAUGCAAGUUGAAAAAGUGAACUUUUAAAUGGAGUUUAAUAUAUUUUCAAAGCCGUGUCAGGCUUUAAGUGCUGCAAAACACUCAAAUGCAAUGCUCAAACACAUCAGUCUUGCACUAGGUCCUGAGACUCACUAGGGGCCUCAGGAAAUUUCCAAGCCGAACAGAUGACUAACAUGAAUGCAAAAUGAUUAUUGAGUCAAAUAUGUACAGUCCCAACAUUGGGUAAUUUUAUUUAAGUUAAAUGUUAAGGACACUUUUUAACCCAAUAUUUGGGUCUGUUCAUAUUUUAACCAACACUGGGUUAAAACAACAACUUUUUUUGUGAAACAAGGUUUGCUUUUUUUAAAAUUUACAUUUAAUUAAUUUUGUUCACAGUAAUUUUCAUCACAGUGCCGCAGUGGGUAGCAUGACCGCCUCACUGCAAGAAGGUCGCUGAUUCGGGCGUGGGUUUCCUGCUUUAGUUUCCACCACAGACCAAAGACAUGCGCUAUAGUUGAAUUGAAUAAUCUAAACUGGCCGUAGAGUAUGUGUGUGAAUGCAAGUGUGUAUGGAUGUUUUCAAGUAUUUGUUGCGGCUGGAAGGGCAUCUGCUGCGUAAAACAUAUGCUGGAUAAGUUGGCGGUUCAUUCCGCUGUGGCAACCCCUAAUUAAUAAAGGGACUAAGACGAAAAGAAAAUGAAUGAAUAAAUAACUUUGUUCCCCCUAGUAUUGGAACACAUAAGGGAAAUAUUAAAUAUGAGAUUUUUAGAUCUGGUAAAUUCAAAGAUUACUUAAAAUACCGUAAAUGAAUUUUUGCUAAAAAAAUUUUAAUUAAAGAAGAAAAAAGUGUUUUAAAAUAUUUUUCAUUUUAAUGUAUUCGAUUUAAUCAUUGUUUUAUAAUGUUUAAACACUCAAUAAAAAAAUAAAUAAAUGGAAAAGCUUUGAGUUCUUUAAAUGUUAUUGUGGAUGGUAAAAGGCUGAGAACUUAAAUCUAAAUCUGAUACAUAGAAAACAAAUGGAAGAUCACUGCAUAAUAAUAAUAAUAAUAAUAAUAAUAAUAAUUAUAAUAAUUAUAAAAAUAAUAAAACAUGUUUAUGUGAAUGGCCCCUGUCAUUUUAGAAAUCAAAAUGCAACACAAAAACUGCUUCAAAAAUUUCAACAUUAUAAAAAGAAAAGGAAAUUAUUAUUCUCUCAUCAUAGGAAGCGGUAACAAUGAGAUAUCUUGUAGCUAAGACAGCACAGUAAGUUAAUAUGUGUAUCUUUAAUCACUCACUUUUUAAAACUGCACUGCAUUCUGGCCCUGCUGAGACAGACAGUAGGUUUGUUCUGCUUCAUGUAUUUCCCAGACUUUUCUUUAAGUAAUGCUAAGCUCUGCAAUACAGUGUUCAGUUGAACAAUGUAAUGCAAGCAAAAUGCAAUAAUGGCAUUGAGAGUCAUUUUAACCUGAUUCAGUUGCGCAGCAAUAAGGCACUUUUGUUUUAUUGUGCUGAUUCCAAAGGAUUCAGACAAAUUUAUAGUCAAACAUUGCCAUCUUGUGGUUAAAAUAAAAAUCCAAGCCCUUCGUAGUCUUCUGAAGCUAAUGUUUAUUUAUUUAUUUAUUUAUUUAUUUAUUUCACAUUUCAUGUCCUGUUCAUAUCUUUUUUUAAACAAACACUUUAUGAGCCUGAGAAUGAGAGAAAAUACUGCUCAUGUCAGUGAAUAUUGAAAAUUUGUAUCUAUUUCACUGUAUAUAUUUUAUUAUUGUGUACAUUAUGUUCAAUUACUAUUACUAUAUGGGAUAGUUGUAUUGGUGUCAUUUUACUCUGUACCUAAUUCAAGAGUGAUAUAUGAGGCAGGGAAAUGAUUAAGUAAUAUAUGUGUAGUGAUCCAAAGUUGACCAAUGUGGAGCAGUUGUUUUUCACAUUGCUCAAAAGAAUGGACUGAGGAGUGUGCGAAAAAUAAUAAUAAUAAAAAAUAUCUGCUUCCUCUAAUUGUGCCCUUUGGAAAUUUUCCCUAUUUAUGCCCAAAUGAUGACCCUACUGGACUGAGUUAUGCCGCUCGUUUCACUUUUCAAUAAUUCAUUUGCCCAGUGGUGGGGUAUUAUAAUUAAUCAAGUGUGAAUAAUAUUAGUUGCAGGAUCUGCUCCUUUUUUAACCAGUGUUCACUCUGAUGUUUAUCAAGUUUUAAUAUAUGAACAUUCGAAUUGAAUGUAAAGAUGUACAUCAAUUUGGAGCAGAAUGACACACGUUAAUGAAUCUUGAAAACGAGGAAGUGGGGAAAAUAAGGGCCAAAUACAUUUUACCAACCUGAGUCAACGGUUUUCACAGAUAUUCUUUGGAAAGUUCUUAUCAGAUUCGAGAUAAGAACUUAAAUGAGUUGUUACUUGACAGUUGGUUACUUGACUUGCCCAUACUACAGAAGAUUUCCGCUGUACAUAGGACUUUGCGUAUUUGUGUGUACACAUUGAAAAGGAAAAAAUACCAUUUACCUUACAGUAAAACUUUUCUUUGUUUUAUUGUAAAAUUUAAAACAGAAAGGAUGACUAGAACAAAAAAUGAGUAAAGAGUAAUAUCUUCAAGAGCAAUAAACAAUAUUCUUGAGAUUGAAUUGU